AUGGGAGAUCAACCACAAGACAUUCAACAACCACAAGAGAUUCAUCAACCUCUUGUGGUGUAUCCAACUUCUUCAUCUUCUUAUGCACCACCUUCGUCCUCUCGUUCAAGUGGCUCGUUCGGUACAGUGUUCAUAGUUCUAGCCGCCAUCCUUAUCUUGGCAGCAAUGGCUUGUGUGUUUGGAAGGCUAUGCAACCGCGGCCGCAAAGAUCACAAAAACAACAACAAACCUUCAAAGCAUGAGAAGCCGUCGUCAAAGAAGAGCCGUGAGAUCAGACCUGUGGAGCGUGAGCCGAGAGAGAGAGGUGACGAUCUGGAGUUUGGCUUUGAUAUGAAGCGUCCUGGUCCAAUGAGCAAACCCUCUGGUCCGAUGAGUAAACCUUCUAGUCGCAACGGAGGAGACAUUGAGUUUGGAUUUGAUAACAAGAGAGGAGGAGGAGGUGGAGGAAAGAAAGGGCCACCUCCGGUUGUUAAACAUGGAGUAAGGUUUCAGUGA